AUGUUAUCGGUUCUUACGCUUCCUCUCUUCAUCAAGAUGCUUCCUCUCUUCAUCAAGAUGCUUCCUCUCUUCAUCAAGAUGCUUCCUCUCUUCAACAAAGUGAUUCCUCUCUUCUUCAAAGUACUUCCUCUCUUGAUCAAGAUGCUUCCUCACUCCAUCAUGCAGCUUCCUCUCUUCAUCAAGAUGCUUCCUCUCUUCAUCAAAGUACUUCCUCUCUUGAUCAAGAUGCUUCCUCUCUUCUUCAAAGUGCUUCCUCUCUUCUUCAAGAUGCUUCCUCUCUUCUUCAAAGUACUUCCUCUCUUGAUCAAGGUGCUUCCUCUCUUCAUCAUGCAGCUUCCUCUCUUGAUCAAGGUGCUUCCUCUCUUCAUCAUGCAGCUUCCUCUCUUCUUCAAGAUGCUUCCUCUCUUCAUCAUGCAGCUUCCUCUCUUCUUAAAAGUACUUCCUCUCUUCAUCAAGAUGCUUCCUCUCUUCAUCAAGAUGCUUCCUCUCUUCAUCAUGCAGCUUCCUCUCUUCUUCAAAGUGCUUCCUCUCUUCAACAAAGUGAUUCCUCUCUUCUUCAAAGUGCUUCCUCUCUUCUUCAAAGUGCUUCCUCUCUUCUUCAAAGUACUUCCUCUCUUCUUCAAAGUACUUCCUCUCUUGAUCAAGGUGCUUCCUCUCUUCUUCAAAGUACUUCCUCUCUUGAUCAAGAUGCUUCCUCUCUUUAUCAAGGUGCUUCCUCUCUUCAUCAAGAUGCUUCCUCUCUUCAUCAUGCAGCUUCCUCUCUUCUUCAAAGUGCUUCCUCUCUUCAACAAAGUGAUUCCUCUCUUCUUCAAAGUGCUUCCUCUCUUCUUCAAAGUACUUCCUCUCUUCUUCAAAGUACUUCCUCUCUUGAUCAAGAUACAGCUUCCUCUCUUGAUCAAGGUGCUUCCUCUCUUCUUCAAAGUACUUCCUCUCUUGAUCAAGAUGCUUCCUCUCUUUAUCAAGGUGCUUCCUCUCUUCAUCAAGAUGCUUCCUCUCUUCAUCAUGCAGCUUCCUCUCUUCUUCAAAGUGCUUCCUCUCUUCAACAAAGUGCUUCCUCUCUUCUUCAAAGUACUUCCUCUCUUCAUCAUGCAGCUUCCUCUCUUCUUCAAAGUGCUUCCUCUCUUCAACAAAGUGCUUCCUCUCUUCUUCAAAGUGCUUCCUCUCUUCAUCAAGAUGCUUCCUCUCUUCUUCAAAGUACUUCCUCUCUGA